AGAAGCAUUCCCGCUAGGGUUUUACCACCCAAAACCCUGUAAUCUCAUUUCAUCACAAACCUUUUUGCACACAAAUCUAACGGUUCUCCUUUUCCGAUGGCAAUCGCCGCCGCUAGAUCCAUUUUCCGGUCACCGUCGGUACGCAAUGCCGCAUCUAAAAUCGCAUCGGAAGCUAAAUCAGCUCGUUCAUCUCCCUUUCGCCAACCUUCUUCUUCUAGAACUCCUCUUUCUCACCGCAUCUUCAGGUGUCCUGCUGAGAUGAGUGCUUGUUUGGAGUCAUUGCAGCCAUAUCAUACCGUUACUGCUUCCGCUUUGAUGACUUCUAUGCUUACUGAUUCUCUUCGUAGUUACAGUUGGCUCUCUGAAGGCGUUGACAAGACUAGAUGAAGAAGGAGAAGCUUAGAGGGGGUUAGAAGCAAGGCUUUCAUUCAAACUUGCCAUUUGAAGGGACUAUUUGCAGGGUGUCAUAAUCUACGUUGGGUCUAGACGGAUAUCUUCAUCUGAUUAGUUGCAAAUAAAUUGGCAGCCAAUUUAGUUGCCAAAUAUUUACCAUCACAAUAACCAUGUGGUUUCUUAGCUAAGGAAUAAAUGUACAAUUUGGCAUUAUAUGUGGAGAUGAUUUAACUAUCUACUCAGGAAGUAAUGUUCAACGUUGGCAUUAUGACAA